UCCUUGGAACUCCUCGGCUUGAAGCUGCGGGGGGCCCUUCGCAUUUCGGGAGCGCUCCGAAACCAUGCCAAGAUCUUUCCUGGUGAAAAAGGUCAAACUCGACGACUUCUCCUCGGCGGACCUAGAGAACUCCUACAGCAGGUCGCGGACGGACUUCAACUCCCGGAUCCAUGACAAGGGUAAAGACCCCGCGGGGUACAUCACGCCGUCGUCGGUGUAUGAGGGCGAGAGCGACAGCGGCCUCAAGGUGCCCUCGCCGUCGGGUGCCAUCUACCCGGGGGCGCACGGCGGCGACUACGGCGCGCCGGACUCGGACCAGCCCGACAGCCCGCACUCGGAGUUGGCCGGCGGCUACAUCAACGGCGACGCGGCGGUGAGCGAGGGCUACGCGGUCGACGCCUUCUUCAUCACCGACGGCCGGUCGCGGCGCAAGGCGGCCGGGGCCGGGGCGGGGGCUGGGGCGGGGGGUGGCGGGGGCGGCUCGGCCUCCCGCCUGGCAGCCCGGGGCCAGCAGCAGCGCCACACGUGCAGCGAGUGCGGCAAGACGUACGCCACGUCGUCCAACCUGAGCCGCCACAAGCAGACGCACCGCAGCCUCGACAGCAAGAUGGCCAAGAAGUGCCCGACGUGCGGCAAGGUGUACGUCUCCAUGCCGGCCAUGGCCAUGCACCUGCUGACGCACGACCUGAAGCACAAGUGCGACGUGUGCGGCAAGGCCUUCAGCCGGCCCUGGCUGCUCCAGGGCCACAUGCGCUCGCACACGGGCGAGAAGCCCUUCGGCUGCGCGCACUGCGGCAAGGCCUUCGCCGACCUCAACCUGCGCGCCCACAUGCAGACUCACUCCGCCUUCAAGCACUUCAAGUGCAAACGCUGCAACAAGACCUUCGCCCUCAAGUCCUACCUGAACAAGCACUACGAGUCGGCCUGCUUCAAGGGCGCCGUGCCGCCCCCCUCAGCCCCCUCGAGCCUUGACUGCCCCGCCCCCGCCGCCCCCCAGCAGCUCCGCGCCUCGCCUCGCCUCGCCUCGCCGACGGAGCACAGCCAUGACGCCCGGCCUUGGAGCCGGCGGGGAGCGACGCCCGCUCUGGCCCCCACCCCCCGGGCGCCCCUUCCGCAGCC